AUGCUGGGAGUCUAUGUUAAAUGGAAGUCAACGAUUUGCUUCCGAUUACUUGGGGGAACAGGUCUCAAUGACACAACAAUAUCCUAUAUCAUCUUUACCAAAGCUACUCCCUGCCGUUCUGCUCGCUUGGCCGCAAGGCCACAGGCUGUAGUUCGUGCCGGUUCGCGAUUCCCCUCCCCCUCCUCUCGCGACUCGUCCCCUCUUUGCUCCCUUGGAGAAACGCCCGCAACACCCCGCCCUGCAGUUGUGGUGCUGCCGGCUUCGGCUGGCAAUGUCUUGGUUGUUGUUCCUACUGCUCCGGCAGGUCAGCAAGGUGCCGUGGUCCCGCGGGGUCAUUCUUCGGUCUAUCAUUAUAAAAACUUACCGAGAGAAGCUGUGACUUGA